AUGUCUUGUUUACAACUCGGGAUCGUACUCCUCUUCUGUCUACCUUUAGCAGCCUGUUUGACCUGUUACACCUGUAUGUUCCCGGCCAUCUCUCCUCUGGACUGCUUCAAGUUCCCUCAGGAGUGUCCGUCUGGGCAGCGCUGCCUGUCCAGUACUGCCACAGGAAGACGAGGCUCUCUAGAAGUGACGAUGUACGAGAAGAGCUGUGCGGUCCCGGCCCAGUGUGGAGUGAGUGGACAGAAGUACGCCUCUGGACUCUACUUCAACUACACCAACGUCUGCUGCGACAGCGACCUGUGCAACGCCGCCGGGACCUUUACUGCCCUCAGCUGGAGAGGAGCGGCUCUCUGUCUGCUGCCCGCACUCUGCCUGCUGCUGGCCUGA